CAGUAAUCCUCAGAACAGUCCCUGAUCCUCACCUGAAGUGAAGGAACUCUGAUUAUUUUAUAAAUAUAUACAGUUCUGAAUUGGACUGAAUCUUUUGGAGCUUCUCUUCUGCCCGCUGCGUUGCUUCUUUGAGUACCGACACCCCCGGCAGGAGAAGGACGCCGCUGACCUGCCAUGUUUCUCGCUCUGACGGUGACACCAGAGCUGAGGCAGUUCCUGGCCAAGGCAAGAGGUGGAGCGGUGCGCCUCAUCAAAGUGUGCAUCCGGGAUGAGCAGCUGGUGCUAGGGGCCUACACAGAACCAGAACACGACUGGGACCAGGACUAUGACCACCUCCUGCUUCCUCUGCUGGGAGACGAGGAGCCCUGCUACAUCCUGUACCGCCUGGACUCCCAGAAUGCACUGGGUUACGAGUGGAUUUUCAUCUCAUGGUCUCCUGACCAGUCUCCAGUGAAACAGAAGAUGCUGUACGCCGCCACGCGUGCCACAGUGAAGAAGGAGUUUGGCGGCGGCCACGUGAAGUACGAGAUGUUUGGCACCACAGAGGAGGACAUCUGUCUGCAGGGCUUCCAGCAUCACGUGUCGUCCUGCUCGGGUCCGGCCCCGCUCACACUGGCCGAGCAGGAGCUCCAACGGAUCAAAAUCACUGAGGGCCGGGUUAAACAGGUGAAGACGGAGAUCAAUGUGGAGAGCAAGCACCAGACUCUUCAGGGCCUCGCUUUCCCCCUGCAAGAAGCAGCCAAAAGAACCCUGCUGCUGAUGGCCCAGAAACGCAUCAAUUAUAUACAGCUGAGGCUGGAUGUAGAAAAGGAAACGAUCGAGCUGGUCCACUCAAACCCGACAGAAACUCAGGAUUUGCCCCGCAGGGUUCCCAAAGACACUCCCCGAUACCACUUCUUCCUUUACAAGCACUCCCACGAAGGAGACUACCUGGAAUCUGUUGUGUUUAUCUACUCCAUGCCAGGAUACAGCUGCAGCAUCAAGGAGCGGAUGUUGUACUCCAGCUGCAAGAGUCGGCUACUGGAGGACGUGGAGAAAGAUUAUCAUUUGGAAAUAGCUAAAAAGCUGGAGAUCGACAACGGCGAUGAGCUGACUGAGGAGUUUCUGUACGAAGAGGUCCACCCCAAGCAGUACGCCCACAAACAGGCCUUUGCAAAGCCCCGCGGUCCCGCAGGAAAAAGAGGACAUAAGCGUCUUAUUAAGGGGACAGGAGAGGCCAUUCACGACAGCUAGGGAUUAAUUUCCAGUUUGUCUGCACUUCCUGCCCGUCCUUCCUGUUUCUGCUCGAACAACUCGGAGAAUGACACCGACCUGCUGUGUGUCCAGACAAACUUGCUACGGCUUCAUUUAUGAUUGAUUUGUGCAGAUAAAUCAUCUUUAAUCAGACUCUUUUGGUCAGUCUGGGAUAAAGUUUUACACAUAUAGUAAGGAAAUUUAAAAAAAGGCAUUUAGAAGAUUAUCUUAAUAAUAUAAUCUGUUUUUCAGAAUUUACAAUCUGCAGUUUACAAAAGA